AUGCCUCCAUCAACAUGCAACAACUGCAAGGCGGCGCGCGCCGUCAUCAUCCGACCGAAAAACCGUCAUAAGCUCUGUCGCGAAUGCUUCAUCCAGAUCUUUGAAACAGAAGUCCACGAAACCAUCACAAGCGCAAAACUCUUCUUUCGCGGCGAGCGGAUCGCUAUCGGAGCCAGUGGCGGAAAAGAUAGUACCGUCCUCGCUGCCGUGAUGAAAACCCUCAACGAGCGAUAUGACUACGGGCUGGAUCUCAGUCUCCUCUCUAUCGAUGAGGGUAUUCGCGGAUACCGCGACGAUAGCCUGGAGACCGUGAAGCGGAACGCGGUACAAUACGAGAUGGACCUGGAGAUUGUCGGCUACGGCGAGCUAUACGGGUGGACGAUGGAUCAGGUGGUGGAGCAGGUGGGCAAGAAGGGGAACUGCACGUAUUGUGGUGUAUUUCGGCGACAGGCGCUUGAUCGGGGCGCGGCGCGAUUGGGAAUCAACCAUGUUGUUACGGGACAUAAUGCUGAUGAUGUUGCGGAGACGGUUAUGAUGAAUCUUCUGCGUGGGGAUCUGCCUCGGUUGUCUCGCGGGACGAGUAUUGUUACCGCGUCUGGGGCGUCGGAUAUCAAGCGCAGUAAGCCGUUGAAGUACGCUUAUGAGAAGGAGAUUGUUCUCUACGCGCAUCAUCGUCAGCUGGACUAUUUCAGCACCGAGUGCAUUUAUUCGCCUGAGGCUUUCCGGGGGAGUGCGCGCACUUUGAUUAAAGACUUGGAGAAGAUCCGGCCGAGCUCGAUUCUGGAUAUCGUUAAGAGUGGUGAGGAUAUGGCUGCGCUUGUACCUUCGCAUGUCAGUGGUGCUGGAAAGAGCUGUAAGUCCUCUGCUGAUGAUGAGGCGGCGGGUGGUUGUGGAAGUCAGAAUGGUCGCUCUAGUGGUGGGGAAAUGGCUGCCAUGGAGCACCAACUUGCCUCGAAUGAGAGUGCGGAGUCGCAUGAGACGGAGAUCCGUAUGUCGAGGAAGGGGGUUGAGUCGAAGAAGAUCAAGACUCAGACAUUACAGCACUGCGAGCAGUGUGGCUAUAUCUCGAGUCAGCGCAUCUGCAAGGCAUGCACGCUUUUGGAUGGAUUGAACCGCAAUCGCCCUAAAACUGCGAUUGAAAUUGGCUUGGAGGAUGAGGAGGGCAGUUCGACCCUGGCGAGGCAGAUGGAGCGCGCUCAGUUGACCAACAGCUGA